ACCUUUCUGCGUGGGGUACGACAGAGUUGCGGCAGUGGAUCCACUGAGGUGCCAUGCCGGAUGCCCUGGCAAUGCUGGCUCUUGCCAAAGUGUCUCCUAUGGGUCCUGUGGCAGCUGACGCCAUCAGCAAAGCCGUCGAUGAACAAUUCCACAUCUACUCGGACCAGCAGGAUGCCCUCCUAAGGAAUGCCAAAGAUGCCAUCAUUUCAGCAAGAUCAGCUAUCCUACAGGCUGAAGCAGCAGAUGCUUCCGCGGGUCAGCCUUUGCAUGGAGAAGCGCCAGCUUUCGCACCAGAAGUGGUGCACUCUUCCGUUGGUGAGGACUUCUGGUCAGCGUGGACUGCCUGGAUGGAUUUUACUAACAGGUACUUCAACUGCUUCAAAGAAAGGCGUGCAGCAUCCAGAUAAAACCUGGAAGGUGCGGUGCUCAGCCGCUGAAAGGCCAAAAAGAGCUCAGAGCGAAAA